GUUCAGAUUGAUCAACUCUUAUCAACAAUCAUCUGUACGAGAACAUAGAAAAAAUAUAUUCACACUCCAAGAUGUGCCGAACUGAAAAUCUUUUCGAUGCAGAAAAUGCUCGUAGAGACUCGGAUGUUCAUCCUCAAAUAAACCAUUCGACACCCAAAAAGAAAGCAGUUGAAAUGGAUGAAGCCAUUUCGAAAACCAAAUUUGGAGUCUUCAACUAUUUCGUCAUUUGCGUAACCGGCCUCGUUUUGUAUACAGUUAUAGCCGAAACAUGUGCCAUUUGUUAUGUACUCCCAAUUUUGGAUUGUGACAUGACUGAUGUGACCACUGCUCAAAAAGGAGUUUUGGCUGGUGUUGCAUUUGUUGGUGUCAUUUGUUCGUCGCAUUUAUGGGGUUUUUUGGCGGAUACUAAAGGCCGUCGCUGCGUUAUUCAACCCACUCUUUUCGUAACGUUCCUAUUGUCCGUCACCUCUUCAUUCAUUCAGAACUUCUAUCUUUUUGUCGCACUGCGAUUCCUCAGUGGAUUCUUUGUGUCUGCCUCGAGUGGUAAUAUGUUCGCAUAUUUAGGCGAAUUUCAUAACAACAAGCAGAGGAGCCGUGCGAUAAUGAGUGCAACCGUAAUAUAUAGUGCUUUGUGUGUAAUUCAGCCAAUAGCCGCAUGGGCUGUAAUAAAUCAGGAAUGGCAAUUCGAAGUUCCGUUCAUUGGUUUGACAUACAAACCGUGGCGUUUAUUUAUCAUUGUCUAUGCAUUGCCUGGGCUGUUUUCGGCAUUAGCCCUACUAUUUCUGCCAGAGUCACCAAAAUUCGUGCUUGGUCAAGGACAUAAAGUGGCAGCUUAUCAAAUUUUGCAGAAAAUGAACCGAUGGAAUAAUGGGAAAAAGGAACCUCUAGAAGAAUUCGAAAUUCACGAAGAAUCCGAAACUGUUGCAAACAGACAACGCAUUUUAGCGAAAAAAGAUAGUCGGUUCCCAUUACUAAAAACGGUUUGGCAUCAAACCGCUCCACUGUUCAAAGCACCGUAUUUGAAGUCAAUGGUGUUGAUUUGUACAAUUCAAUUCGGUAUCGUUUUGACGUGUCAAGGCUUUGCAAUGUUCUUUGCUGAGAUCAUAAAUAAAAUGUCGGAUAAUUUAGACAGUUUCUACGAUCAGAGAAUGAUGAUGUGUGAUAUACUUGGUAGGAAGUCAGUUAAUAUCAGUGUAAUGAACGAGAUAAAUGAUGAGAUUUGUGUCGAUAAACUAGAUCUGUCGACGCUGGGAAUCGGUCUUGCUAUCGAAGUCAUAUUUGCACUAAGCAGUGCUCUGGCUGGUUUGUUGAUUAAUAAAGUCGGGAACUUUGCAAUUAUAUUUUUCGUUUUAUUGACGUGCGGGCUAAGUGGUAUAGGAUGCAUGCUCACCGAUAUUCCAGCCUUGCAAGUUGCUUUAUAUCUUUAUUUUGUGUCGUGCGGUGUGGCAACAAACGUUCUAAGCUCGGCAACGGUUGAAUUGUAUCCAACAACAUUAAGAGCAAUGGCCAUGUCCAUUUCUCUUAUGUUUGCACGUUUGGGAGGUGUUACCGGCGCAAAUGCAGCUGCACUUCUCUUGGAUGAUUACUGCGAAAUUUCGUUUUAUUUGCCGGGAUCAAUUCUAAUUGCGAUGGGCUUAUUGGCAUUUUUCAUCCCGAAUAUUCACAAGAAAAAGCAUUCUGACGAAGAGCAUACUAAAGUCGAUGCUCGUCUGAGCAUACUCUCUUUCAGAGGAUCUGUGAAAAACUUCUAAGAAGAAUGAUCAAUUGAUUAUCCAUUAAUCAUAUUUUACUCUAACACUCCGAUGAACAUGACAGUGACACAAAACAAACAAAGCGAUUUGAACUGGCUGCAACUCUAAUUUUUCAU